GGGACCUUUUCGAGGACGCGAAAUCCGUUGUAGCAGCGCGGCACCCGCCCCCCAUCGUGCCAUUGCGCCUCCGACAGUCUACACCCGAGCAGCAGGAACCCGUGAACAAUGGCGGCGGAAGCGGAGGCGGCGCUCAACGCGCUCAAGAAGCUCGAGGCCAACAAAACGUGCGUCAACUGCGGCAACUACAACCGCUUCGGGCACCAGAACAUCUGCGAGAAGGUGCGCACGUUCGUGUGCUCCAACUGCAAGAGCGCGCACCAGAGCUACAGCAUGCGCGUCAAGAGCGUGAGCAUGAGCAACUGGACCAUGGACGAGGUGGACGCCCUGCGCGAGCAGAACGGCGGCGGCAACGCGGCGGCCGCGCGCGUUUGGCUCGGCCGCUGGGACGAGGGCCAGAUGCGCAAGCCCACCAAGGACGACCCGCUCGACUACUACAAGCAGUUCAUCAACCACGUGUACAACGACAAGGCCUUCUACGACGAGGACGGCGCCAGCGCCCCCGUGUCCAGCAGCCCCACGGCCAAGAGCAGCAGCAGUCGCUCGGCUGCAGCUGCAACUGCGGCGGCGGCGGCUCCGGUCACCAACUUGCUGGACUUUGACGCCCCGGCACAGCAAAAGUCGGCGUCGGCCAGCUUCGACGCCUUUGGAGCUGGCAGCAGCGCUGGAAACGAUGGGUGGGGCAACUUCGCUACCGCUGCUCCCGCUCCGGCGUCUGGUAAUGACGGCUUUGGAGCCUUUGCGUCGGCUCCGGCCCCGACUGCAUCGAGCAACGAUGGAUUUGCAGACUUCAGUGCUGCACCGGCACCUGCUAGUCCGGAUGCCUUUGGCGCGUUUACCUCGGCCCCUCCUGCUCCGGCGUCGAAUUCGAGCGCCAACUCGUUCGACCCAUUCGCUGUUUCCGGAGGAAGCGCUAUGCCCGCGUCUAAUGGAGCGGCGCCAUUUGACCCCUUCGCUCCUGCGCCGACGGCCCAGAGUCAGCAGCCGAACAGUAACAUCAUGAACCAGUUCAAUGCGGCGCCGGCGCCCAAGGACUUCAGCGUGUUCGACGGACUGUCGGCACCGUCGCUGGCGUACGGCACUCCUCAGCGCAACAACAAUGGAUACGGCCAGGCGCGUGGUCCUAGUGCUGGAAUGGGAAUGCAAGGCCAAGGUCAGCCGCAGAUGCACAUGGGAAUGGGGAUGCAGCAAGGUAUGGGAAUGCAGCAAGGCUUCGGUAUGCCGCAGCAGCAGCAGUAUGGAGGUUUCCAACCACAGCAGCAGUAUGGAGGUUUCCAACCACAGCAGCAGUAUCAGCAGCAGCCGACGAUGGGCGGUGCCAAUACUGGCGCGAACAUUAGCACGUACUUUUCGCCGAACGGAGUCACCGCAGGCGGCAACCCCGGCGCACGCUCAAACGGAAGAGAUCCGUUCGCCGGCCUAGGACUGCCGCAGUAG